CUUUUUUAUUGUUUUAUUUUAAUUCUUUAACAUUUGUUAUUAUUUUAUAAAGGUCUUAAAGAUCAUCUUAGUACUCUCAACCCGUAACCGCAAAUAGAAUAGCAGCAAUCUUAAGCAUGGACUUAAGUCAACUGAAUCAAACCUGUCUUGCAGAAGGUGAUUUUGAGCAGCCGAUUGUCAAACUGCAUGAAUUGCCGAUAGGCGUUCCGUUUAAAAUUACUAGAGCCAAAAUUGUUAAUACAAAAUUUGGCAAUUCCGUGUUGCUGCAAUUAGAAAAUUCCGUAGUAUUUCUUCCUACUCGCGUGACAGAAGCUUUCCGUCCGAGACUAGAACACUUUGCGUCGGGGCAGUACAAACUGGUCUACGAGGGAUCCAAAGAUAUUGGAAAGCCCAACUCUUUAAAGAAAUUCAAAAUAAUUCAAAAUUAAUCAACAUAUUAUACAGGGUAAGUCUUAUUUACUGUUAUAUAUUUAAUAAACCACGAUGCGCAUAAAGCAGAUCAUUCAUAGAGCGCAAAUCUUAAUUUUAACCUUACAAAAAUUAAAAAAGCAUAUUUCCGACAAGUUCACUCUUAGAGAUAGUGAUGUGUGGCUUAGGAGACUAAAUAAAAAUAUUGAAUCUUGCAACCAAAUCGUUUCUAACGAAAAGGAUUUAUCUAUUGGGUUGGAAAAUUACAAACUACAAUUCAACAUCUGAAAGCUAUUAGAAAAAUUAUUCUUAAUUAUCAACAUAAGCAUUUUGGAUUGGGAUUACAAAGUAGUAGCCGCGAGACAAACACAAAUGAAAUGGUUGUAUGGGAAUCGGUAGCGUCGUGUUUCCAGGGAAGAGUUCAGACCGGUGUCAUAAUUAAUUUACUUCAUAAAGAUUUAAUUCAAUUUUUAAACGAUUGUCGUCCAAUUUUUCAACAAAAAAUUAGUCAAAUUUUAAAGAAAUUUUUAUUGCUGAAAGUAAAUACCACAUUUUGCGGUGAAUUUAUUAAGGCAAAACAUGAUGUCCAAGGCGAAGUUGAUGUUAAAUAUCUGAGUACCGGAAAUGCUGUAGUUGAUUUAGGAACAGAAUUGAAUGAUUGGUUUGUUGAAAAUGUGCAAGAUAAAAUUAUAAAUCAAAUGUCAGAGUUUCAGGAACGUGAUUCCGGGUGGACUUUAAAUAAUAUUAUUUAUUUAGAGAUUAACAUUAAUAAAUUUGAAAUGGGUAACGGAUCAUCCUUCGUUGAGUUGCCUAAAGAAAUUGCGAAUAAAAGGGCUUGUAUUAACAUUAGAAAUGACGAUCAAGCGUGUUUUUAUUGGUCAGUUGUAUGCGGACUCUUUCCAGCACGUUUUCGUCAGUAUUUACCCUCUUCAUAUCCAUACUAUAAAAGUGUUUUGAAAACUGAAAAUUUACAAACACCUAUGGAAAUGAAUAAAAUAAGCAAAUUUGAAAAAGACAAUGAUAUUUCCAUCAAUGUUUAUAUCUUAGAGUUUAAUAAAAAUGAAAAAACUAGUUUUUAUUCCGUGCUACCUGCACGAUUAACAAAAGAAAAAGGCGAAAAACAUUCAAAUUUGUUGUUAAUACAAAAUAAAUAUUAUCCAAAAGUUAAUGAUUUUGAUCCUGAUCCGCAAGAUAAUGAUCAUGAAGAAAUAAAAUAUCACUAUUGUUACAUUAAAAAUUUGUCUCGAUUAGUUUCCUCACAGCUCAGUAAAUAUAAUCACAAGAAAUACAUUUGCGAUAGGUGUUUGAAUUAUUUCAAUAACGAAACUGGUCUACAUGACCACGAAACAAUGUGUUCCAGUUUCAAUGAGUAUAAAGUGUCUUUUCCCAAAUAUGAUUAUGUUGAAUUUCGAAACCAUAUAUAUAAACAAAGGACUCCGUUUGUAAUUUACGCCGAUUUUGAGAGUCAAUUGAGAAAAGUAAAUUUGAAAAUUUCAGAUAAAACCUCGAAAUACCAAAGCACGAAGCUUACAGUGCUGCAUAUUACUUUAAAUGUUCUUAUGAUGAUUCAAUAUCAUUUUUCAAAAGUUAUCUUGGUCUAGAUUGUAUUGAUUGGUUCGUGGAGGAAAUAUCUAAUUUAUCAAAAUUUGUUCGUUCAAAAUUUAAGGAUUUAUACCAAUGGAUACCAUUGUCAUAUUUGUGAAAAACCUUUUUUAAAAGAUGUUAUUGUUCGUGACCAUGAUCAUUUUACUGGUAAAUUUAGAGGUUUUGCC